UACAAUCAUUCUCCAUCCACGGUGCUUCCAUUGUUGUGCUGCGUUUUUAUGAAUGGACAGCAGGGGAGGAAGGGGCGCGAGAUUGCUCGGCCUGUGAUUGGAGACGCUGAAUGACGUCACCUCCGCCGUGACGCCAGGCUCCUCAUUCAUAAAAAAAGGAAAAGAGGAGAAACAAUCGUGGAGAGAAACACAGAGUGAGAGAAACGAGGAGGUCGCGGUAACAAUGAGCUCCACGGGAGGCGAGAUGCGCGCAUAGAGCAGCGGCGCAGCAGCGUUGGGGGCGGGAGGCGGGAAUCCACGCGGGAUCCGCCAGCAUACACAAGAGGCGUGAAGCCACAGCGAGCCUCAAGUCCGCAGAAGAAGACCGACACCAGCGACGCGCUAUGGAAGAUCUGUGCGAGAUGGACUGCACGGUGCUCAAGCGGCUCCUGAAGGAGGACGGCGCCCGGUGCUUGGUGCUCGACUGCCGCUCAUUCCUCGCCUUCAGCGCGGGACACAUCCGAGGGGCCGUCAACGCCCGCUGCAACACGAUCGUCCGCCGCAGGGCCAAGGGAUCAGUGCUCAGCCUGGAUCAGCUCCUAGCCGGCGAUGAUGAAGUCCGGGCCCACUUCCGCUGCGGAAUGUACUCGGCCGUCGUGCUGUACGACGAGAGGACGCCGGACACGGACACGGUGAAGGAAGACAGCACGGUGAGCCUCGUGCUCCACGCGCUGUGCAGGGACUCAACCUCCACUAACAUCUACUUUCUUAAAGGUGGCUAUGACAAGUUUUUCGCCGAGUACCCCGAGUUUUGUUUGAAGACCAAAUCCUUGCCCCCGCUCACGAGCCAGUCCAGUGUGGAAUCGUCGUGCUCGUCCUGCGGAACGCCGCACCACGACCAGGGCGGACCUGUUGAGAUCCUCCCAUUCCUCUACCUGGGCAGUGCCCUUCACGCCUCCAAAAAGGAAGUCCUGGAUGCCAUCGGAAUCUCGGCGCUGCUCAACGUGUCGUCCGACUGUCCCAACCACUUCGAGAACGCGUACCAGUACAAAUGUAUUCCUGUGGAAGACAACCACAAAGAAGACAUCAGCUGCUGGUUUCUGGAGGCCAUUGAGUUCAUUGACUCGGUGCGUGACUCCAGCGGCAGGGUACUGGUCCACUGCCAGGCGGGCAUCUCUCGCUCGGCCACCAUCUGCCUGGCCUACCUGAUGAAGAGGAAGCGCGUGCGUCUAGACGAAGCCUUCGAGUUUGUGCGUCGGCGCCGCAGCAUCAUCUCGCCCAACUUCAGCUUCAUGGGCCAGCUGCUACAGUUUGAGUCGCAGCUGCUGGCCACCUCGUGCGCCGCGGAGGCCGCCGCCACAGCCAGCCCUUUGCUGGGACCCAAGUCAUCCGCGGGCACCGCUUCGGCAACGCCGACGCCCACCUCUCCGUUCAUCUUCAACUUCCCGGUGUCGGUGGUGAGCACCGCCUACCUGCACCACAACCCCAUCACCACGUCACCCGGCUGCUGAUAGCCGAGCACAGACGCUCUAUGUACUUCCAGGGCUGAGGGGUCAGAGGUCACGACCUAAACCCUUACAAAACAGCUCCUCCUUCCAGUGACUGACCAAAAAUAGACUUUAAAGGAGUUUGUGUGUGUGUGUGUGUGUGCUGGACUUGAGGCAACACGACACACUCAUGACUAACAAGUGAAUAAGCUCAGUAUGAAGACAGGCUCUGUUGCCAUGGAGACCACCGGUCUUGAAGGAGAGGAGAUGGACGCAGGAAGGAAGCAGGAAUUUUAAGCACCCGCUCCUUCCUCCUUUGGCGCUCCUCCUGCUGCCACACAAAGGAGAUGGAUGGUGUGUGUGUGUUAUGGUGGGGGAGGGGGUCAUAUAAAGCAGGGGCCUCCUCAGUGACAGGUGCUCUGCUGCCUGGAGUUUCCUGUCUGUCCUCUUCCGCUCUCUUUCUCUCUCUCCCUCACAUGCACAUAAACACAAACAGACCUUCCUCUCAUCUCCUUUAAUGUUCCUCCUCUUCAUCUCAUCCCUGCUUCUCAUCUCCACCGCCUCCUCCUCCUCUCAGAUCUUCAUCUCCCUCUCUCCCCUGACCAGGCAGCACAAAUCAAACAAGGUGGAGAAAAGGAAAGCCAGUCUUUCUUUGAUGGCCAUCUCAUGCAUUUAUUUCACCCUUUAUUCUGCUUCAUCACUCACAUAUUUGAAUACAACAAUCAACAUGCAGAGUAAAUAUUUAUUUUACCAUUUAGGAAUAACAGCAGAUUAUCGCUCCCUUUUCCUUGGACCAUUGACAUGUGUGCAAAUCAUCAACAUAAUAAAUAAAUGAUAAAUGGGUUGUACUUGUAUAGCGCUUUUCUACCUUCAAGGUACUCAAAGCGCUUUGACACUACUUCCACAUUUACCCAUUCACACACACACUCACACACUGAUAAGAGAAAAAAAACCCCCCACUAAAAAUAGCAUUCUGGACAAACUCAGCGUGUUGCUUUUUUAAAACAUUACUAAAUGCAUACAUGCAACUGCUCGCUUGAUGUAUUUUUUUUUAUUUUUUUUGCCUUGAAUGCAUUCCUAUUAUUUUUCUAUAAGAAAGGUCUGUCAUGCACACACACGCACACACGACUCCCUGCAAUACUGAACUUCUAACCCUUUGAAGAAGCCAACACCAGAAGUGUAGUCUCUUUAAACUGAGCUCUUCUUUAUCCCUUCACUUUUACAAAGGGUUGCAAAAAGUGUUCCUGUUUUCCAAAAUGUGUUCACACCUAUUUCUGUAGCACUUUGAAGUGAUGCAAUACUGUAUUUUUCAUUUGCGAUGGGUUUUCUUCAUGCGGACACAGACUUUUUGUGUGUGAAAUAUGGAAGAAGAGCUGGAGAGCGAGAUCCAAUCAGAAGACAAAAAACUAAACUGCAAUACUUUGUGCAUCUUUUCGAUCUUCAGUCUGUCCGCUCAAUGCGGUUUAAACAUCACGGCAAUAUCGAACCUUCACCUGGACAAGUGUGUAUACAUUCAUACAAAACUAACUUUCUGUCAAUUUUAAUUGUGUCGAAUGAAUGACAUGUAUGCGUUUAUUUAUUACGGAACAACCACUGUUGAAUAAAUCUUGUUCUUAAUUAAA